AUGGCGGGCGGGUGGCGGGACGUGGUCGGCGUGCGCGUCGCCCCCGCCGAGCUGCGCUUCACGGACGCCGUGCCGGGGCGCCGCUACUGCGCCACUCUCAGUGUCCAAAACCGGCGAGGGGAGAGCUGUCGGCUCCAGCUGCUGCCGCCGCGCCGGCCCCAGUUUAAACUGAUUGUGGAAAAUCCAGAGAAACCUGUUGCACCUGGACUUAAAGUUACAGCUAUUGUGGAAUAUUAUCCUGACAGUGAGGAGGAUCUUCAGGACAGACUACUUCUUUUGGUAGAAGAAGACAUAGUUGAUAUCCCCGUGCUUGGUUCAGAGAGGUUAAUUCCAUGCUGUUAUCUGGAAAUUGAGCCUGAGAUUGAUUUUGGUACAGUGAUUGCAAACAGUAAGAUCAUUAGUAAAGAGAUUAGCAUUGCUAACCAUGGAUCAUCUCCAGGUACAUUUAAAAUAUCGUAUGAUGGGAUUGUCCUGGUUAACAUAGAACCUACCAGUGGAGUGGUAGAACCAAAAACUGUAAAAGUGAUUAAAGUGGGUAUCUGUACAGAUGUACCGAGAAUCAUCAAAGAAGUGAUAAAAGUGGAGCUAGAAGGACAAGACUGCACUGAGCUGUGCAUCAAAGCUGUUGUGGUUGAACAAGUUCUUAAAGUUCUAGGGAUGCCUUGUGGAAAUGAAUUGAAAUGCAUUCAUUUUGGAUCUGUUUACUUUGGGUCUUCAAAGACUGAACAAGUAUCUCUGUACAAUAAAAGUCCAGAGUGUAUGGACUGGGUAGCAGUACUGGAGGACAAUGCUAUUGGAGGAGAGAUGGGGACAGAUCUUCAGAAGAGUACAGAUGCUGUUUUACAAGACUUAAGCUUCAUAAAUAGAACAAAAGAUCUAGAUAUCUCCACCUUAAUUUUGUGCAUUCCCAAUCAGGGAACCUUGCUGCCUUAUCAGAAAUCUGUGAUUACGUUGUGCUUUAGUCCAGCGAAAUUUAAAAGGGGCGUUGGACUGAGUGAUUCAUCAGCAAAACAAGAUUAUGUACUGUUUCUGAGAUUUGAGGCUGUUGGGAGCAGAGACAGUUUUCUGCAGACCCUCAGUGAGGAUGAUACACCAAUCAGAAUGAAUCAUCCUUAUCACAUGGAGUUAGCUCUGACUGGUUCUGGGCUUCCUGUCAUGUUAACUUUCAAUCCAGGACCACUUAUUAAUUUUACGGACUGUUUCUUGGGCGAACAAGCAGAAGUUCUGUGCACACUCAAGAAUGAAUCUGAGUCACUUCCAAUAACAUUCAGCUUCCGCAAGACUCCCCACUUUAAUAUUUCUCCUGAAAAAGGAAAAAUUAAAAAACACUCUACAAAGGAUGUGAUGUUUUCAUUUUCUCCUCAUCAAAUAGGAGUAUUUAAAAUGAAGCAAGUUGUUGAUAUCAUUGGUACAGGACUAGAGGAAAAUAAUUUACAGAUCUUGAAGACAAAAUCCUUUCACCAAAUAUAUUUGAGAUUAAUUGGCGUGUGCAAAUCUAAAACCAAAAACAUUAUAUUCAGAAUUAAUCCUGGCAUAACACCAAUGAUUUCCAAUCCAACUGGACAGUUCGUACCUGAUGAUACCAGACAGUGCACUGAUAUUGCACCUGUGGCAAUACUUAAAUCAACUCAAACACAAAUUCAUACUCACCAGAUAAACAGGAAUUAUAAGAGUGAUGUGCUUAUAGCUUUUCCUAAUGACCGUUCAGCCAGCAUUAGACCUUUUGAACGACACAAAAAGUACAGGACUAUUUUCACAAAGACUGAGAGAUAUAAUUAUGUAGAUCCACAGUUUUCUUAUACUGAUUAUGAACGACUGGAAAAAGAAGCACAUAAGGAAUAUUAUGCAGAUUACAUUUAUAGCUUGAGACAACGGCGCUUACAGAAAGAUGCCACUAGGCAGUUCAAUGCUUAUAAUAAUUCUGUGAACAUAGGCCUUAAACCAGCAGAAGGGCUUAUUUCACCAAAGAUCUCAAUCACAGAUCUUCACAAGGAGGAUCUAAAGCUUAGAACGGUUCCUUUAGAUGAAAAUUGCCUAUUAUCUAAUCGAAAGUUGGAAGCAAUUGCUUCUAAAUCCUCAACCAGAGAAAUUUGGAAUGGGCUUAAUGCUGUGCCAACUUCUGCCCAAGAGAAGGAAGAUUGUUGCUUAACUUUGACACCAAAACAGCUUCAUCAGAUAUUCAUUGGUCCUUCUACUAUGAACUUUGGUGAUGUUUGUGUGUACUCAACAUCUGUCAGAAGACUGCAUAUCAUCAAUAACUUGUUGGUUCAUAUAUGGGUACAAAUUGAGAUUGAAACUGAAGAGUUACAGCAGACGAGUCCAUUGUCUCAGGUGGUGCCUCCUUGUUCAACGACUUAUAUUCCAGUAGUAUUUGAGACAAACACACUUGGGAUUUUUCAGAAGUCUUUUACUUACACAAUAAACAACAAACACACUGGGCACAUGCUGGUAAUUGCAAACUCAGUCUCUGUUGAACUUGAGUUGUCUGCAAAGGAGGUGAUUCUAAAUCCUAUUCCUGGUUAUCUAGCAGAGACAGAAUUUCGAAAAACUGUCAGGGUAUACAAUCGCAGAAACCAUUCUGCUGAGUUCUCUUGGAAACCUAUAAUUACAGAUGAAAAAACUUCGUUUUCGAUACGGCCAGCCAAAGGCUUUGUGGAAGCAUAUAGAGAUCUGGAGUGUGAAGUUGUUUGGCACCCGUCGUUCCAUUGUCCAGAAGCAGGAGAAUUCAACUUGUGUGUGCAUCAAGGAAACACGAUCAAGUUGAAAUGUUUUGCGAAGCUUGGUCCUACCAAUGUUCAGUUCAUGCAACAACGGAUACACUUCAAUCAUGCUCCUAUGAGUUUAUGUACUUGUAAGACAGCCAUUCUUCAAAAUGUAGGGUACAAUCAUGCAUACUUUCAGGUUCUUGAUUCAAACCCGGUGCCUGGAAUGAUAAUCACACCUCCUGAAGGGGUAAUACCUGUGGGAGGUCAUGCUGAUCUCAAAAUCUGUUUCACUCCGAAUGCAAAAAUGAAUUUUGAUACAAGAGUAGAGGUAGCGGUACGAAACUCAAGAAUACUUGUGCUUAGGAUUACUGGAUGUGUAGAAAUCCCUGAAAUAGAUAUCAGUGUGAAACAAUUUGACUUUGAUGGUGUUUAUGUUGGUUCUACAAAAUCGAUUCCCUUUUUGCUGCAGAACAAAAAACAAUCGUGUACCAGUGUGGAGUUUGAUUUAUCCAAGUACAAGGAUUUUAAACUGAACAUUGAUGACCAUUCAGGGGUUGACUACUGUCCUUUGAAACCAUAUUUGUGUUUGGUAAAUUUAGAGGGAAAGGCAGCUUUGCAGUGUUCAUUGUCCUUCGUGCCAAAAGAGGUGGCAGCAUAUGACUUCACUCUUCCAGUUAAUAUUCUCCAGGGUGACUUUUCAUCGUCACAGCAAAGCUCUAUACCAGCAACUCCUAUUGGAUCUGUAAAGCACAUCAUUGCUCCUCGGCCACAAGCAGUGACUGUGGCUGUUCCAGUUUGUAGAGUUAAAGCAGUUGCACUUAGAUCACCAUUGGAAUUCUCCUCAAUGGAACUUACAUUUUCACUACAUUCGGAGGACAUAUGUUUCAAUAUAGCUGAUAAAAGUCUGAAUUCUCAGAAACUUGACCUGAGGAAUAUCUCAAGGCAGCAGCUGACAUGGAAAUUGAUUUGCGAUAGUCCAAAGAAAAAAAAGGAAGAUGAUAUUUUUAAAUUUAGUCUACAGACUGGAUUUCUCGAUCCAGGACAAAAAAUCAGGAUCACUGUAUAUUUCUGCCCUUCUUGUCCUGGAGCAUAUGCGUCUGAAAUGUCAGUGUAUGUAAAUGAUAAUCCAUCUCACUACAGAAUAACUUUGUCUGGCACUGUGAAGUCACCAAAAAUAAAUUUUGAUCCCAUUCUUCUAAUGCUGAUGCCAGUUCCUCUUGGUAUGAAAACUGAAACAGCCAUCAAUAUUAUUCCACAAGAUUAUUUAAGGCAAUCACGAAUUCAAUUUGAACUUCCAAAGCUUGAACUUGAAGAUGGUGAUAGAAUUUACCCUUUUUCUAUACAAUUCCCAGGAGGACAAGAUAUUGUUGUUUCAUCAGAUGGCACAAAUAUAGAACUAAUUUGUCAUAUUGGCUUUAGCUCAUCUAAGCCAGUGUCAUUUUUUGGGAAUAUAUUCUUCACUGAUGAAGAAGGAAACAGAUUCUCACUUCAGGUUGCUGCAGUAGCAGAGAACUGCCUUCUUACUUUAUACCCAUAUUUGGCAUUUCACCGCUCUGAUCAACAAAUUAUCUUCAAAAGCAGUAAAGACUGCAGUAGCGGGGAAGCUGUUUUGCAUCCAUGUUGUACUCCACGAUCAGUUUGCUGUAGUACUUCCACAGGUUCCUUUGGUAUAAUCACGACCUCAACCUUUGAAGAUUCCAAAUCAGAAUCGGAUACUGUUCUUGAAAAUGAAAAUGUAAAGAUGAAUGAAGCUGACAGCCGAAGUGAUGUGCGGAAAAAAAAAAAUGAAUUAUCGCUUUUUCCUGAUGAGAACAAAGAGGAGUACAUCUUCUUUCAGAAAGUUGUAACUGCUGUUCAGAAUUGGUUCAGUCUCUUUGGUUGGUCUAAGGGACCUAAUCCUGUUUCAAUACCAUAUUCACUAAGACGUGAUGAGUGUAAAGUCCAGCUGACUACUUCUCCACAGAAAGUUUUUGAACAAAACCUUGGCAGAGAUAGUAAGACUGUUCAUGACAUGUUACUCCAUCUGAGUGGACGGUUUUUACCAGGCAUUACAUCCAGGCAGUCAUUGUCCUUUGAUCCAACUGAACGAAUACUGCAGCUCUAUUGGCAGCGUUCUGCAUUGCUUACUUUCCUUAAAAGCCAAGGAGCAUGUCUGCCUUAUGUUAUGCCAGAAUUUCUGCUUGAACCUGAUGAUUAUAAGAAAUGGAUUACAGCACAAACUUUACUGAAGGGGGCUCACAUGGCUGAGUUGAAAAAACAUGAUGUGAAGAACUUGGAUGUAUUUAGUGACAUACAUUUAUUUAUGCUGGAGGAAAGUGUAUUUGAGACAAUGAGCAAACGAGCUUGGACAGAUGUGUUACUGCAGGUAUACAAGGUAUUAGUUCUUCCACGUGUUUCUUCACAUAAUAUCAGUGAUCUGGUUGUCUCAGAAGGCAUGCAGAGCACACCAAGAAUAAAAUCAGAACCUUUAUCCAGUAAUAUUUAUUCUCCACAUGAACGAAUCAUCCUCAACUGGCUGAAUAAACAUUAUGAGAAGAAUCGAAAAAUUGUGUGGAAAGAUUGUCAGAAAGGUGAAGUACCACCAAUGAGAUGGAUAAUAAAUUUUGACCGAGAUCUUCUAGAUGGUCUAGUAUUGGCAGCACAGCUGGCAUCUUAUUGUCCGUAUUUGAUUGCUACUCACUUUGUAAGGAUGUAUACUACUCCAAGAACUCCUGAACAGUGUCUGCACAAUUGUUUAAUACUUGUGGAUGCUAUGCAUGCUGUCAGUCUGGCUAUAGACAUAAAGGCCACUGACAUCUGUGAUCCAAACCCAGUCAUGAUGCUUAUUCUGUGUGUUUUCUUGUACGAAAGGCUCCCUCACUACUUACCAAAGAAGACUAUUGAAUUUACAGGUGCUCUCCAUGCAACUGUUGUUAAAAAGGUGCAUCUGAAAAACCCAAGCAUUAAAACUUUGGUCUACAAUGCUACUCUAGUAGGAAGAGAUGCUGAUGAUUUCUCAUUACCUGAAGGAAGUACGGUCAUCGUUCCCCCUAAGAAACAAGCAAGUGUAAGUGUGGAAUUCAUUAGUCGUUUUCUGCACCCUGCUGAAGCAAUGUUGCUACUGAUUUCAAAGACUGUGGGUGGAAUAGGUGGUGCCACACUGACAUUCUCUCUGAAAUCUAAAGUCCAGCGUAUUGAGCCUGCUGAUAUAUUAAAAUGCAAAUCCCCAUGUUAUGAGCUGAAGAAAGUUACUCUAAAUGUAACUAAUCCCUUCAGAACUGAUGGCGUAUUCAGAGUGAUUCUUCUGGAAUCCACAAGUUAUUUAAGUCAGCCAGAGCAAGUGUGUCAAGCCAGGGAAGUAAUGCAAGAGAAAACAUUCAGUUCUGAAAAUAACAUACUAAACUACAAAGAUAGUGCAGUACCUGAAGAUCCAAAUGAAGAAAACAGCAAUAAUGCCUCUGACCAAUCCAGUCUCUUGCAUGAGUUCUUCAGUCCAGUGGAAAUACUGUUCUUGGAAGGGAGAAGUUCUGCAGGAUUAGAAAUUGACUUUCUUCCAUUUAACCUGGAAAAACGUUACUGCACUGUCAUUCUCGUUAAUGAACUGAUUGGAGAGUUUGUAUACCUGGUAGAGGGACAGGGUGAUAUACCUUUGCCUUCACCACUGCUUCCAAUGGAUAGUCCAAACGUCCUGCAUGUUAGCAGUACGUUAGAAGGUCUGAGUGGGGCAUUGCCUGUUUUGUAUUUCAAAUGUGGUCUUGCUCAGAUCCUUGAAGAAAAUCUGAGGAUUCCAGUGAUCAAUGAAGCAAGGGAAAUGGCUCUGGCCAUCGCUGCACAACAGCAGAUGUCAACUGUUGAGUAUGAAAGAAGAAAGAUCACAGGGACUCUGGAGAGCAGUAGUGUCCGAGUUGCAGUUGCGUUAUUAGGGCUAUCCAGAGUAGAGAGAGAUGCACUCUUACAACCAUGUAAAAUUCCCCCAAAGUUAAAGUACGUGGAUUACAGCGUAGAAGUGAGCAUGCAAGAGUUCUUUGAGGUUCCUGAAAAGGUCUCUAUUCCAGUGUUGGCAUCAAGCAGAGUUAACUUGAAAGUUCCUUCAGAAAAAGACCUCUCACCUCAGAAACAAGAAAAAAGUGCUGCAGUUGAGCUUCCUAUAAGAUUUGUUCCUCAAUAUGCUGGUCGCUACUGCUGUCAGAUUCUUCUGAAGUCCUCCUGUGAUUUUCGAGUCUAUAUGAUUGAAUGUGUAGUGAAUACAGACCAUGCUGAAGCUGAACUUGAAUUUCUAUCUCCAGCUUAUCAGGCAGUGAUUCAGGACAUUCCAAUAAGUAAUAUGUCUAAGCAGGACUGGAAACUUGAGGCAAUUCUGGAAGGAGAGAGUUUUUAUGGCCCUCCUGUAAUAUAUGUGAGUCCAGGUGAAACAGCUUGGUAUCCUCUCAUGUUCAAACCUAUUGCUGAGUGCAUAACAAUGGGAAGGCUUGUUCUACGAAAUUCUACAAAUGGCACGGAAAAUAUCUUUAGCCUUAAGGGAAUAGGGAAGAAACCCCUGGCACUGGAUCAUGUUGUGAUAGAUUGCCAAGUGAGACAGGUCACUCAAAAAGUAUUAAGGGUGCCCAAUUAUACAAAGAAGAAGUUGACAUACAAGGUAUCUUCAGAUCUUUCAAUAGUGGGUGGUGCACCAGUUGUUACUGUAGAACCAGAUGAUGCAGUUUCUUACACUUUGACUGUUUCUCCAUGGAAACGAGGAAUUUUUCAAGGCAUAAUUUCAUUUGUUGCUGAAGAUGAAGACCAACAGCAGUCUCAACAUAACAGCUCACCGGAGAAGACAGAUGGUGAACAGGCCCCUCAGAAACUGUCGGCAGAGACAGCACAAACUGUUGAUGCAGCAAGCAUGGGAGGAAGAUGUUCAGGUUGCAAAGUGUGGUUUUCCUUAAAGAUUAACAGCAUUCCCGCACCACCUGAAAGAAAAAUAGAUGUGAAAUGCAGAGCUCUGGAUACUACUGCAAUUGAUAUUCCCAUCACUAACCCUACAGAUAAAUUUCUCCAACUGAGCGUAGUGCUAGAGAAUCAUUCGCUCUAUGGAAAAAAAGCUUUCAUUCUUAGGCCAAAACAAACAGUUCUGUAUCGAAUGAAGUUUUCCCCAGCUGUUGUUGGCACUUCAGAUGGAAGUGUCAUAUUCCUGUCAGAGAUGGUUGGAGAGUUUUGGUAUGCUCUGAAGUUGAUUGUAGAGAAACCUUUGCCAACUACUCUACCUGAAAUAGAAUGUGAACUUGGAAAGUGGGUUCGUCUAUACAUACGUCUGUUUAAUCCUACAUGUGAAACUCUGGAACUGGAAAUUGUUAACAGCAAUCCUAGCAAUUUUUCGCCUGAGACUGAUCCAAAGCAGCCUCUGAUUGUCGCUCCUCAUUCCACCACGGAAGUACCCGUGCAAUUCUGUCCGUCUGCUCUUGGAAGAGGCGAACACAAGGCAUCAAUAACCUUCAAAUGUUCGCAGCUGAAGGAGUGGAUAUUUUACCUUUCUGGAACUGGUCUUCUACCUCAGCUGAUGGAACCAACGAGCAUAAGUACAUGCCUUGAUCAGCAUUCUUCUGUCAUCAUAUUCUUCAGAAAUCCAACUCCUGAAAAUGUAUUGGUAGAUGUGGAGCUAAAAGAUCAGGAGCAGUCCAGUCAUCAGCUCAGUGAAUCUGUCCUACCCAAGUCCGUCCGUAAGGAAUCUGUUUUCAGUCUUCUACUCAAACAGAAACAAGGAAUUGCGUUAGCUCCAAAAGGAAGACUGGACAUCCCAGUGUUAUUCAUACCGAAUACAAUGAAAAUGUAUGAAGCUCUGGUGAUAAUUCAUGUAAUGAGGGAGAAUGGUGAAAACUGGCCUUAUGAGGAUUCUACUGAAUUAAAUAAAGACUUAAAGAGUAUUACUCUGGCAGAAAAUGGGGGAAUUCGGGGAAUACGUUGGAUCUACCCAGUUCAUGGAAUACCUGAAGCACCACAACAGAAAUUAGUUUCAGCUGUGGUACGCUGUCGAGCCAGGAAUAGAAUAGAAAAAAGAGUGGAAGUGCUGCUGACCGGUGUAGUUCCUGGAGCAACUGCUAUGCCUGCUGCAAGAAAUUCUGCAGUGGUUGAUGCAAAUAAGCCAGACAACAUCCAAGACGAAGUUCAAGUCACUGAUGGUUUUUCUACAACAGUGGAAUUUCUGUAUGAAUUGCAAUAUCAAUCAGAUAAAAUUAAAUCUCAGCUUGACUCUUUGGUGGGUAUACAUCUGAUACAAAAAGAACGAGAUACAGAGUCCGGAAUUAUAACACUGAUCUUUAAUAUAGUGUUUGCACCAAACAAACCGAUGAGGAAUGCAGCAACUCUAGUAGUACAAUGUGCUACAGGAGGAAUCUGGAAAUUUCCAAUACUGUUCAUCGCAAUGGAGCCAGAAGUGGAUGAUGUUAUCAACAUUGAAGCAGUUGGCCUAAAUAAGGAAACUAUAGUUGGCUUUAAGCUUACAAGCCAGACAAGGUACCCAGAGCCAUUCACUGCAUAUUUCCUGGCAGGCAGUGAUCCUGAGUUUGUUGUACUGCCGCGAGCUGGAGAACUUCUCCCAGUAGGCACUGUUGGAACCCAUAUAACAGUCGGAUUCAAGCCAAGAAUGUACGGCAAGAAGCAUAGAGCAAUGCUUGUAAUUCAGACAACAUCAAUGCAGUGGACAUAUGAAAUCAAUGGGCAUUCUCCACAGACCAUAUCACCUACAAAGCCAGCAAAAGUAGUUACUACUAGCUGUUACCUAAGAUCGGCCACAGUUCGACAGCGCAAUUUUAUACGUGAAAAUCUGAAACUUACAACUACUGGAGUAUCCUCCCCAAUCAAAGGGGCGCCUUUGGUCCUGAGGCCAGCACAGAGAAACCUGUGA